AUUAGAUUCAGUCAAAAUUUUCGGACAAAACCUUAAUUAUUUUUCCAUAUAUGUUUCUCUUUCUCAUAAUGAAACAAAUGAAUCUAUAAUGGAAAUGUUUUCAAGAUUAGUACAUGUUCUUCCUUGUAAGUUGGAAUAUUUGAAUUUACAUUUUAAUUAUCAGAUUAGAAAAAAUGUUUGGGAAGUAUUUUUAAAAAAUUUAAAACAUAUUUUUAUUAAGAAAUUAUUAUUCAAAAUUAAUAAUUUAUUUGAUGAUAUUUUACCAUAUAUAAAGGAAUAUAUUAUGAAAGAACAAAGGACUGAAUAUUUAGCUAUUGAAGGACGUAUAGAAACCCAAAUUGUUACUAUGACAGAUGAAUUGAAGGAAUUUGAAUCAUAUAACAUUAAAGUUAAAGAAUAUAAUAAUUUAUAUAUUAAAGCCUAUGAUAAAUUUAUAGAUGAGAUGUAUUAG